CGCUUGUCCAUUGCGAGGCUAAGUCACUCGGUGAGCGGUGGCCUGAACCAUGCGUUUCCUGAUCUUCUCUCUCGCUGUCCUCACGUCAGCGGUAGCCGCUUCUGAUACGGAGUGGUGGAAGACCGCCUUGAUCUACCAAAUCUAUCCGCGAUCCUUCAAGGACAGUAAUGGCGACGGCAUCGGCGAUCUUAAUGGUAUAACGGAGAAGCUGGUUUAUCUGAAUCAGACGGGAGUUGACGCGAUCUGGCUCUCACCGAUCUACCUCUCGCCGAUGUAUGACUUUGGAUACGACAUAACGGACUACAGGAAAAUAGCCCCCGAAUACGGUACUAUGGACGAUUUCAAGACGCUCAUGACAGAAGCACGGAGACUUGGUAUCCGUGUAAUAAUGGACUUGGUCCCCAACCACACGGGCAAUGAGAGCGAAUGGUUUCAGAAGUCGAUUCGACGCGAGCCAGGAUACGAGGAUUACUAUAUAUGGGCGGACGGCAUCAGGACCGAAGGAUCCAACGACACUAAGCCACCGAGCAAUUGGGUAAGCACUUUCCGGAAGAGUGCGUGGGAAUACAAUUCUGUGCGCGGUCAAUACUACCUCCACAAAUUUGUAAUCGGACAACCAGAUCUUAAUUAUCGCAGUACAAGAGUUCAACAGGAAAUGAAGGAUGUCCAGAAAUUUUGGCUCGAUUUGGGAGUAUCCGGUUUCCGUGUGGACGCAAUCAAUCAUAUGUACGAAUCUAAUCCCGCUAAUUUCGGUGGUCGCUACCCAGACGAGCCUUUAUCAGGAAACCCCAACACCAAUCCCGACGACUACGAGUACCUGAACCACAUUCAUACCGAAAACCUGAACGAAACCUAUGAAGUGGUUUACGACUGGCGAGAUCUUCUCGACGAGUACAUAGAACUGCAGGGGGAAUACAAGAUCAUGAUGACGGAGGCUUACGCGGACUUGGACAGCAUGAUGCGGUACUACGGCACCAGCACCAGGAACGGAUCUAUUCCCUUCAACUUCAGCUUUUUGGGAGACAUCACCAAGGACUCCGACGCGAGACAUAUUAAGACUGUCAUCGAUAAAUGGAUGACGUACAUGCCGAGUGGAAGAACUGCCAACUGGGUGAACGGUAACCACGAUCAAAGCAGGAUGGCUAAUCGUCAGGGGGUCGACAGAGUUGAUGCUAUGAACAUGAUAGCACUGUUGUUACCUGGUGUUGCCAUCACAUACCAGGGUGAGGAAAUAGGAAUGACAGAUGGAGAGGUCAGCUGGGAAGAGACGAAGGACCCGCAGGCUUGUAACACUGACGACCCCGUGAACUACUGGAAGAAGUCGAGAGACCCCAACCGUACGCCCUUCCACUGGGAUAACAGCACUAAUGCUGGAUUCUCUACCGGAAAGACUUGGCUACCAGUUGCUAGUAACUACCACAAAGUAAACUUAGCUGAACAAAUCAACAACACCAAAAGUCACUAUCAGUUCUACAAGGAUGUCGCAACUAUAAGAAAGACGGCAGCUGUGAAAUAUGGAGAUUUAGACACAAGAGCUCUGUCAGAAACGGUAUUAGUCGUCACAAGGUUGCUACCGGGCGAGCAGGGAGUAUUGGGCAUUGUGAACUUAUCAGAUGAGGACCAAUAUGUUGAUCUGACCUCGCUGCGUUUAAUACCGAGAGUGAUUAAAGUUAGGGCUGUUGGAGCCAAUUGUGAUAAUGUGAAGGGGAGUCUUCUCAUCAAAGACAAAAUACCAAUAAAUGCUCACUGCGCCUUAGUUCUACAAACUAUCCGACACUGCUGUUGAAUUACACCAAGAACAUAUGAGCAAACUUUAAUAACGGACUAAAUAUGAUAAAAUAAAAUGAUUUAUUAUCAAGUA